GUGCUGGCCGUGUCGUCGCUGCGUCUGUGCCGCGCGCACCAGGGCCCCAAGCCGAGCUGCACCGGGCUCUGCGCGCAGCUGCAUCUCUGCAAGUUCCUCAUCUACGGCGCCUGCAAGUUCCUGAGGACCGGGAAGAACUGUAGGAACGGUCACAACUUGAAGACUGAUCAUAACCUGAGUGUGCUGAGAACUCAUGGUGUUGACCACCUCACCUAUAAUGAGCUUUGCCAGCUCUUGAUUCAGAAUGACCCCUGGCUUUUACCGGAAAUCUGCCUACAUUACAACAAAGGCGAUGGACCCUUCGGCUCUUGCUCAUUUCAAAAGCAAUGCAUUAAACUCCACAUCUGCCAGUACUACUUACAGGGAGAGUGCAAAUUCGGCACUAGCUGUAAGAGGUCCCACGAGUUCACUAACUCGGAGAAUCUGGAGAAAUUGGAAAGGUUGGGUGUAAGUUCUGACCUGGUGAGCAGACUGCUCUCUACUUACCGGAAUGCGUAUGACAUCAAGAAUCAGGGCUCAGCCAUCAGCAAAGUGUCCUCUUCUCCUGCAGGUCCACAGGGGACUUCCGAAAGAAAAGACAGUUCAGGUUCUGCGUCACCAGGUGCUCCUACCCAGGAGGAGAGUGAUCAGAUUUGCUUGUACCACAUUCGGAAAAGUUGUAGCUUUCAAGAUAAGUGCUAUAGAGUUCAUUUCCAUUUGCCAUAUCGGUGGCAGUUCUUGGAUGGAGGCAAAUGGAAGGAUUUGAACAACAUGGAGCUUAUUGAAGAGGCUUAUAGUAACCCCAGUAAAGAGAGGAUUCUGUACACAGAGUCAGCUACUAGCUUUCGCUUUGAUUUAAACUUUGAGUCCAUGAAGUUUGGUAGUACCGUGGCUCGCCGACUCUCCACAGCUUCUUCUGUCACCAAACCCCCGCAUUUCAUCCUCACUACUGACUGGGUUUGGUACUGGAUGGAUGAGUUUGGUUCUUGGCAGGAAUAUGGAAGACAAGGUACAGUGCACCCUGUGACCACCAUCAGCAGCAGUGACGUGGAAAAGGCUUACCUGGCAUUUUGUGACCCAGGGGCUGAUUCCCAGGCAGCCACCUUGAAGUUCCAGGCUGGAAAACACAGCUACGAGUUAGACUUCAAAGCCUUUCUGCAGAAAAACCUUGUGUAUGGCACUGUCAGAAAGGUUUGUCGCAGACCCAAGUAUGUGUCUCCCAAGGAUGUUCAGAUGAAGCAGUCCUGCAAUACUAAGUUUCAAGUCCCAAAGAGCAUCCCAGACUACUGGGACCCUGCAGCCCUGCCAGACCUAGGAUUUAAGAAGAUUAUUCUCAGUUCUUCCUCAGAAGAGUACCAGAAGGUGUGGAACCUCUUCAACCGCACACUACCUUUCUAUGUUCAAAAGAUCGAGCGGAUCCAGAACCUGGGCCUGUGGGAAGUCUACCAGUGGCAAAAAGGGCAGAUGCAGAAACAAAAUGGAGGGAAGGAAGUAGACGAGAGGCAGCUGUUCCAUGGUACCAACACCAGCUUUGUGGAUGCCAUCUGCCAGCAGAACUUUGACUGGCGGGUCUGUGGUCUGCAUGGCACAUCCUAUGGCAAAGGGAGCUACUUUGCGAGAGAUGCUGCCUAUUCCCACCACUACAGCAAGUCCGACACACAUUCCCACACCAUGUUCCUGGCCCGGGUGCUGGUGGGAGACUUCAUCAGGGGCAAUGCUGCUUUCGUCCGCCCUCCAGCCAAGGAGGGCCAGAGCAGUGCCUUCUAUGACAGCUGCGUGAACAGCAUGUCCGACCCAUCCAUCUUUGUAGUUUUUGAGAAGCAUCAAGUUUACCCCGAGUACCUCAUCCAAUACUCCACUUCCUCCAAGCCCCCGCCUACUACCCCCUCCAUCUUUGUCACCCUGGGUUCCUUGUUCACUGGCCGGCAAUGAGUGUGGCCAAGGUGCAUUAGGCCUUUCUGGUGGAGCUGUUUGGAAAGUCUUUUUUAAACAAAACUUUUAAUGAACUAUUUAAUAUGGCUUCUCAGUGAAGUUACAGUCUUUUUUUCUUUUUUCUUUCUUUUUUUCUUUUCUCCCCUAGUGCUGGGGAUGGGCCUUGUGCUUGCUAGGCAAACACUCUACCACUGAACUACACCCCCAGCCCUUUUAAAAUGUUUUUAUUAUGAGGCAGAGUUUUGCUAAAUUAUAUUCUGUCUCAGUCUCCUGAGCAGCUGGGAUUACAGGUCUAUAUUGCCAGGCCUGACUUGAAGCUACAAUCUUAAUCCUUGGCUGAUAACAGUUUUAGUUUUUAGGUCCUUUCAGGUUGGCUUAUGAUCUCACCAUAAGUAGUGAUUGUGAGCCCAAGUUUGCCUUUUAGUAAUAUUAGCAUUGUAUUUUUAACUCUUUGAUGACUUUGGUGUUUAUUAACUCUAAGCACAGAAUUUCUACAUACUGUUUUACAGACGUUUUUAAUUGUUAAGAGUUUAUGUCUGUCGAACAGUUCUGUUGGAGGGUCCUGUGGUCCAUUGUGCUUUUUCGUCAGAGUAGCAUAGUGGCCUUUGGGGAGACUACAGGGAAGGCCUCGGGCGUCGCUGUCACUUCCGCCCACUGCUCUGGCACUAACCCAGGCAGUUCUUGGUGUAAAUGAAGCCCAUUCCCCCUGCCCCCAGCAGGAGACUUAGACGAGUCCUCCCCCACCCCCCCCCACCCCCCCGAGUCCCGGGCUUGUCUCAUAAGUGCCUGUACCCAAAUCCCGUAAGCAUACAGGACACCUUCCAGGUGUGAGUUUUCUGUCCCAGUGAGAUUGACUGACCUGUGCUGCAAAUGUCACAUAAGAGUAUGGAAAUAAAAGACUAUGAAACGAUGAA